UACAUUCGUGCUCGGAAGGAAAAUACAUUACAAUUUCCAAUUCUGAAUAGACGGACAUACUCCCUUUUUGACAGAAGAUUAUUACACUUCUGCUGCCUUGUCCAAGCCAGACGCCACCAGAUCUCCGCCGUGGACUCCGACGACCGCCUCUUUCUCGAAUUGAACAAGUAUCUACUCAUCGGUUUCUCAUUGAAUUGAACAAACCUUGAGGGAUUAAGAAAAACAAUGGAAGGGGGUGAAAAUAGUAAAACUGACAACCUUAAUUGGGAAGUUAUACUAAGAAAUUAUGAGAAUGUUAUAGCUUCAGGAACCAAAUCUAUGAAAAUUAAAGCAAUGUUCAUGCUGGCCAAAUACUCGAACAAAGCCCCGGAACAUGUAUUAUCUACCACCAUUCCAAUUCUCACUGAGAUUCUUUCUCAUAAUAACAUUGCAAAUAAUUCUGCUCCUGGUUCACUUCAAGAAGCUGCUGCUUAUUGCUUGAAGUGUAUUGCUUGCAGAGGUGAUGGUAGUUUGGCAAUUGAAAUGGGCGAACAUGGUGUUGCGCGUUCUUUGAUAAAGUUGUUACCUCGUGCCGAGGGAAAGAUGCAAAAAGUGUUGAUAGAAUGUUUGUUGGUUGUUUUAAGUUUUUGUGAUAAUAGUAGGACAUUUGUUGCAGCUAAUGGUGGUUUAGAGAUUAUUAUUAGUUUGUUGAGUACUUGUAGCGAUGAUGUUAGAUUGUAUUUGUUAGAGAUUUUGAGUGCGUUGGCGCUUCGGAUGGAGGUUCGGAAGGAACUCGUUAGAUUAGGAGCACUUCGUUUUAUUGUUGAGGCUGCUGGUGUUGGUAACAUGAUUUCGAGGGAAAGGGCAUGUCAAUCGAUUGGAUUGGUUGGUCUUUCAAGGCAAGUUAAGCUUAUGCUUUUUGAAUUGGGAGUGAUACCCGUGCUUGUGGAUUUGUUUCGUGAUGGAGAUAACACUACAAAACUUGUGGCCGGUAAUACUCUUGGUGUGCUAUUGAACCAUGUUGAUUACAUCAGACCAAUUGCUCAAGCUGGGGCUAUACCUCUUUAUGCGGAGCUUCUUCGAGGAGAUGAUGUUUCUGGUAAGGAGAUAGCUGAGGAUGUGUUUUGUAUAUUGGCUGUUGCAGAGGCGAAUGCUGUUGAAAUUGUGGGUCACUUGGUGAGACUUCUUAGAGAAGGUGAUGACGAAACUAAAGCAGCAGCUGUCAAUGUGAUAUGGGAUCUGUUGCGAUACAAGCACACACCUUCUGUGUUCCGGAAUUCAGGUGCGGCUUUUAUCCUUGUUGAGUUGUUGAGCCAUGGGACUGAAGAAAUAAAGAAAAAGAUUUCUGGGGCUUUUUCUCAGAUGAGCUACCAGGAAUGUGGUAGAAUGGUCCUUGGUGAUGCAGGAGCAAUUCCGCUUCUUAUUGAUUUACUACACGACGAGACUGGGGAACUAAGGGAUAAUGUGGUUGAGGCUCUUUCUAAUUUUCAUGAGGAUCCACUGUAUCAUGAUACAUUAUCGGAUGUAGUUAAUGCUCCUUCAUUCAGAAUUUUGCAGAAUAGACUAACUCCUCUUCGAGCAACGAGCGAGCAUAUAACUAGAUCGUUACGUAGAACGGGUAUCGAGUAGCUCAUUUGGAACCCAAAUCAUGUUUAAUCAAUCUUACAGUGUAGGGCCUGCAAGUCACUUCUCUGGUCUCCAACAUUUUGCGACACACAUUUUGACGGAAAUACUCUCCUUUAUCAAAAUCAAUAAAAAGAAACACCGUAUAAAGAAUAUGAAGAGAUUCAUUGAUUAUCCUCUCCCUCCCAACCGCCUGUUGUCGUCGUCCAAGCCAGUCGCCACCACACCUCCGCCGUGGACUCUGACGAGUGACGACAGCCUCUGUCUCCACUCUAACCACGCCAACACCGAGUGAGCUCAAUUUGUUCUUACUGCAACCUCUCCACUGAGUGAACUAAGAAAUAGUGUUGUUGAGUCUCUUUCCAAUUUUGAUGAAGAUCCGUUACACUGAUAGAUUAUCUGAUGUAGUUAAUACUCCUUCAUUCUGAUAUAUGCAGAAUAGACUAAUUCGUAUUCGUGCAUCAAACGGGCAUAUGACUUGAUCUUUUUGUAGAACGAGUGUUGAGCAACUCAUUCGGAUCCUGGAUUAUGUUUAAUUGUCUUACAGGUAUGUUUUGAUCUUGAUGCUUUUACAAAGCAGGUUGUUGGGACUCUUACCUUGUAUCAGUUUCACUCCCUGUCUUAGAUUUAUGUUGUAAUGAAAAUUGGUAGAAACAGUCUUGGUAUCAUUGUUGUAUAAUUUAUAAAAGAGGGAGUAUAUAGUCAUUUGCUUGUAGGAAAAUGCUUGAAUUUCUUCAACUUAUCUGGCAUUGUCACCUAUUGUUGUAACUUGUAAUUAUUACUGAUGAGGAAAGUAAUAGCCUUUGUGUUAAUCUUGAUGAAUUAGAAGCCUUUGUGUUA